AAUGACUUUUGUAAUAAUUCAUGACAAGUUGAGGGAGUGCAUUAGUCGUUUGUUCCAGUGAGUUACUUACAGUCUUCCUCGAUGCUUAGCUUUCUUCUUGUUUGACCCGUAACCAAAGGGACUGUCUUGUCGAGGAUUAUCAUAAUUUGAGUGAUCCUUUUCAAUUCUCAUGUAAACUUAACAGAUGAACAGCAUAAUAACAACACAAUCAAAUCUCCCCACCAAGCACAGUGGGAAUUCCUCUGCUAUUCAUGUCAUCGACAUCUCAUCGGAGGCGGAGAAAUGGAUAUCCCAACUGGAACUGGUAAAAAAUGUCGAAAAAGCCCCCAAGUUGCUACAGAAAUCCGCCGGCAACUCUUCUUGUUGCAUCUUUAAAGUUCCUCAAGCCCUAACUCAGAUCAACGAAAAAGCCUACCAGCCUCACGCUGUGUCAAUCGGCCCUUACCACCACGGAUCAGAGCAUCUCGAGAUGAUUCAACAGCACAAAUGGCGCUUCCUCGGUUCGAUUCUUAAUCGAACCAAAAAUCAAGGUGUCGGUCUCAAGGAGUUUUUCAAAGCCGUAGCACCACAAGAAGACAAAAUUCGAGAGUGUUAUUCGGAGUUUAUUGAGUUCAGCAGCCAUAAACUCGUCGAAAUAAUGGUUCUCGACGGCUGCUUUAUUAUCGAGCUCUUGUUCAUCGUCGGAAAGUUAGUUCCGGCGAACCACGAUGAUCCUAUUUUCAGUAUGGAGUGGAUUUUAUCUCAUUUGAUGAGAGAUUUGCUUAGGUUAGAGAAUCAAAUUCCUUUUAUUGUUCUUCAGUCUCUGUUUGACCUAAUUAAAGUUGCUCACCAAGAUAGUCGAUCUCUCACUGAGCUGGCCUUGGAAUUUUUUGAUUAUUCAAUUGAUAGGCCCAUUGAAGUUCUUAUUCAAUAUAAAGACAUGAAAUGGAAACAUUUACUCGAUUUGUUUCGCUUAACAUUCGUUCCUCCACCCGAUUUUAAGUAUUUACUAGAUAAGCUAGCGGAACGUAGUGCGUCGAAUGAAGAUGAGCGGGACCGAUUUCUUCAGUCUAUUCAACCCGCUAUGAAGCUUCGUAGAAGCGGAAUCAAAUUCGAGCAGAGGAAAAGUGACAGCUUUCUGGACAUUAAGUUCAGUCAUGGAGUUCUCAGCAUUCCGGCGUUGACAAUUGAUGAUUUCGCUACUAUUUUCUUGCUUAAUUGGGUUGCCUUUGAGCAGUGUUAUCGACACUGUAAUAAGUACAUUACGAGUUAUGUUGCGUUCAUGUGUCGCCUGAUCAAUACGCCUGAGGAUGCAGGCUACUUGAGUGAUCAUGAUAUUAUCGAGAAUUCCUACGGAACGGACGACGAAGUUGCUAAGUUCUUCAAUGACAUGGAAUUUAAGCAUAUUUAUUUCGACAGUCCGUGGUCGUUCGUGUCUGCAAUGGCUGCACUUUUUCUCCUCCUUCUCACCGUUACUCAGACCUUCUUCGGUGUCUAUCCCUAUGCAUUUCCAUCUAAACAGAACAAUUGAAUGUCUAUCAUUUUUUUCAUGAUUUUGCCCAUUCAUAAACCCCCGGUUCCUAGUUUGCUGAUGAUUGAUAUCAUGUAAGAGUGGUAGACGAGAACUUCCCGGGUGUUCGAACACUAUUAUUUUUCCCUUGAAGGGCUACGUCUACAAUCAACAAGCUCCGGUAUGAAAGCAACGAAGACUACAGAACCAGAUGCUCCAUGGAGUUGUACACUCAGCAUUUUACAGCGCGUGUAACUGGCGAUGAAGCAGAGGAAGGGGGGUCAUCCGAAGGACAAAUUCUCGUCUACGGAACAGGAACAGUAGCUCAAAAUCUUGUCUCUUCUACUUGAAGCUACAAUUGAAAAGCUCGAAAAUCAAAGAAACGGAUUAUAGAGUCAGAUGGUUCAGCCCCUCGGCUUCCUGAAAAUCCUGAAGCAUUUGAAAAUGGAUAUGUAUUUGGUGAUGAAGCGCAUGAGUCACCAGAGGGUGAACUUUUCAUCUAGAGGAAUGUGAUAUUUAGAUGGAGCAUGUGAUUGAUGUUCUCGUCUUUGCCAAAUUAUGUUCCAAUGGUGAAUUCUUUUUCCAGUCGGUGGCCUCAAAACUACAAACUAUUGCCCUUUUUCUUGCAGCCUGAACGAUGUUCAAAUGAAAGAAAUACUCCUGUAUGUUUGACAAGAUUAACUAAUGCGAAAAUUUGAUUCUUA